AUGGGGUGGGAGCAAUGUCGAGCUCGGGGUUUGCUCUCAUUGUUCCUUUCCCGCGGUGAUACCUCCAUCUUCGCUCCUCCGUCCUACCAGGCUCAAAGUAAACUUGAUUUCCUUCUCUCAAAGGGGUAUUUAUUGCUAUCGGCGAUCUCACGUGGUAUGACCCAACGCAAGGAGGGCGAAUGUGGUUGGGUGAAAGCUAAUCGAGAAUCCCCCAACACUCAAUGGGGCGUCACGGUCCAUGAUCCAUCCCCAACCCCUGAAAGCGGAAAUUUGGAGCAUAAGAUAACAGACAGGCCUACAAAUGAUUGA